GGUGGUGCGGGUUCCCGAGGAGUGCUAGAGGGCAGGGCCCAGUGUUUUGAAGGGACAUUCCAGACCCCACAGGACCACCGUGCCUACUCGUCACUGUGUCACCCUUGGCCCGAGGUGACGUAACAUUCCGUUGUGACGUCAUUCCUUACUCUGUGACGUAGCCCAGAGGGGAAACUGUCGAGGGUCGUUGGGUCGUACGGCUUCCAGAGGCAUCAUAGGCCCCGUUAUCCGCAGAAUGGCCUCAUCCCGUAGGGGAAAGCUCUCUUCAUCCCGGGUGGACACUUCUCGCUACAAGGAGACGUCAACAGUCCGCGUGGAGACCUCCUCCCACCACGUGGAGACAUCCUCCCGACAGGUGCGAACGUCCUCCCGGCAGGUGGAAACCUCCCAGCACUGCACCGAGGGGCCCUCAGUCUCCCGCUCUGGGAAACCUCUCCCUCACGUCCUCGAGGUGUCUUCCCAGCACGUGGAAACCUCCCAACACACAGAAACGUCCUCUCGCCAAGUGAGGUCCUCGUCCCUACGGGUGGAAACAUCUCUGCACCACGUGGAGAGCCUGCCCCAGCGGGACAAGCCGGCAGCCCGCCAGAAUGUAAAGAUGGCCCGAUGAAAUGCUUUCCAAAGGCCGUGAAAGGGCCAUGGCGCUUAGCCAGGACACAGUUGCUUCCAGUUUGCAGCCAGGCAGCUGCCAAGGGGACCAGUCAUCUUUAGUUUCAUGGAAACAGCCCGUGAAUCACUGUAAGACACAGCCAAGCUGUGGUUUCGGGACUCAGCCAAUAUUUAUUGACCAUACUGCACCUUGGAGCAUCCUGCUUUUGACCCAGUGAACCAUUUUAACUUGAAGCCAGCACAGCGAGUUUUCAGGCCCAUGGUACUGCAUAAAUUGCGUUGGUGGACAAAGAGGCUUUUGAACCUUUGAGCCAGACAAGGCAUUUCUUCCCCUUGACUGGGAAACUAGACCUUGGCUAAGUGAGUUACCUCUCAGCCCCAGUGACCCCACUGUAAAAUGAGAUGCUUGGGCUGGUCUCUGGAUCUGUGAUUCCCAAAAUGAGGAAGGCAGACACUCCUGGUGCACAUGAUGAUUUUAGGAGGUAUGGAAAUGUUUUUUUAUCUUGGUAAAUAAUUUAUUUCAGUGGGUAUUGGGGGAAAAAAUACCAUUAGCCCUCAAAUGUGUUACUACCAAUAUUUUACUUAGGCUAUAGUGGGCAUUUUUAAAUGUUUAAGUGAAUUGAUUUAAAGAAAAAAUAAUCUAAUAAUUAUUUGAAAGUGAUGUAGUACACACUGACUGAAGCUUGGGAAACUAGGGUGCUAAUUCAGACACUAAGUGAAUGUUUUUGUUUUUGUUUUUGUUUUUUAGUAAAAUGAAUAUUUUCUGAACUCCAGGAGAAAACCUGGGGCUGGGACAUCAAUUUAGUGGAUUGUAAUUUUCUUUUCUUAUUAAUGAAAUAAAAAUAGAAACUAUAUCAGAGUGCUUACACAUAGUAAAGGUAAGAAUCGCUUUGUGAAACGUUUGUGUGACACAGUGUAAAAUAUUAAUAUUGGGAGUCACUGUCAAAAAAGGAGAGAAGUGCACAUCUGAGGUCUCUUCCCAUUACCGUGCCUGCUCCAAGCCCGGGACCAUCUUUAAGUUUGUGCCAUGGCAGACAGUGGACAGCAGAGGUCAGACAAUCCCUGCAAGGCGGGAACAGCUGAUGCUUAGAUGAGCAGAAACCUCCGGGGAGUGCCGAACAGGACAGGCCUGAAGCCAGGUCUGAGGUGACAGUUAACCGAAAACCCAGCACAUUUGCUUUCAGGGGUGCCUACUUCUGAGAGAGCCCGAGAGCACCACACGCACCCUGGUCCUGCCCCGCAGCAAGGCAGCCUCCAGGUACACUUCUGCAGCCACUUCCUGUUCUCCAUCCCCAGAUUGCAUUCUUGUCCUAGACUCGGAGAACACCCUAGCAAUGCUUCAGAUGUCCAGUUUUCCUCAGACCAGGGUGAUUCAGGAUUGGGCCUUAGCCAUGUACAUUUUGGAAAAUAAAAGCAUCUUCAUGUGACAUUGGCCACAUUGAUUUAGGGAGGACUCAGGAUUUAACAUUCCCUUCCAAAAGGAGCAUUGAUGUCUCAGAGCAGUGAACACACAUCCAGCACUGACCCCAGGCACUGUUCAAAGCACUGUAUAUGAGCUAUUUCGUGCAUUUCUCACAUCUAGGUGAGGUAGGUCAGGACACUGGGGCACAGAGAGGUUAAGUGACUUACCCAGAGUUACCAGCUGGGAAGAAGCAAAGCCAAGAUCAAAGUCAGUCUGGCUCUAGAGCUUGUGCUCUUAGCCGCUAGCUUCUGCUGGCUUGAGAGGAAUCAGUAUCUAUUCCUCUGUGUGUUGUAUGUAUUUCAAAAAAUGGUGAGGGUGCGGUCUGUUCUCAAGAAAUCCUGGAGGCCAUCAGAAGAGCAGGGGAUGUUCACGCCUAAGACAGAAAGACAAGGUGAGCAGCAUGUCCUUCUGUUUGAAAGGCUGUCUUUGUCAGGGGAAGCCUCAAGAGCAAGACUAGAAUCAAAGGGUGAAAAGCUACAAGAAGAUGAAUUUGGACUCAAAAAAAGGAGGAAUUUUAAAAUUGAUUUAUUUUAAGAUCUGAACAAACAGAAAGCCCAGCGCCAUUGAAAUCCCCACACUAUACCACAUCUGUGUGAGAUCUCCAAGGAAUAUUUUUCUAACAGGUGGACCAAUCCUGUGAUAGAUUAGGCUGCCUGCCUGCUGCACGGGGGUGAGCACUCUGUCCCUGAACAAGGACAGAGGCUGGACAACCACUUGGGAAGAGAUGCCUGUUGAAUUCCUGUUGAACAGGAGGGCCAGAAUGGCCCCUGGAGGCCAGAGGUUUGGAGUUAGGAGAGAAGAAUGAAGUGGGAGAGUCAUGGGGCACCUCUUCCUUUCCUUCUGCUCCCUUACCUAAGUCAACAAAAUGUUUCAUCCCCCCUAUUCCCCAGCUGGACUCCCUCCUUCCCACCCCACCCCACCCCACCGUAAGCCAUAGUUGAUUGAUUUGUUCUCUCCCAGACUUCUUCAGAGAGCUGUCUGCACUCACUGCUUACACUUUCCUGUCUAUGGACUUUCUUUUGUAACCUAGCCAUCCCAGAUCUUCCUUCCCAAAGUUCUUCCUAUUAUCCCCAGUGUCAAGUCCAGUGGCCUGUUCUUGGUCCCCAUACUCCCUGACUCCUCUGUAGCAGACCAUCCCCUCCUUGAAAGUUUCUCCUCCACUGGUUUGCAUGAACCUGCACUCUCAGGCCUGUUCUGCUUUCAGUAUGUCCUCUCCACCCGCACCAAACCCCUCAAAUGUCAGUGGUGACCAGAAUCCUUCCUCAACCUUCUUUUCCUACUUUGCACACUCUACCUCAGCACUCACAAUGCCAACUGCCGCCUGAAUGCUGAUGUCCUUCCCCUGCAGGCCUCUCUCCUGAACACCAGACCCUCACGGCCUAGGCAUCUUGUCCUUGAUGGCCUCCAUUCACCAUCUAUCAAAGUGUCCAAAACCGGAUCAUCUGCAGCCUGUCCCCAACUCCCCACCAUAACUUUGGCCAUAUUCCCACAUACCCCAACCUGCUUUUCCUCAUGAAUAACUCUGUUUGCCCAGUUGCCUGGUAGAAAUCUCUAUCAUCUUUAACUUUUUUCUCACAACUAUUACCCCCAAGUCAGUCCAAUGGGUUUAUCAGCUUUAUCUCUUGAAAUGGCCCAUGGGCAUUGCCCAGUUCAGAGUUUUAUCACCUCUCUCCCUGGUCUCCUUCCUGUCUUUCAGCCGAUCUCCAAAAUGCUACCCAAAUUAUGUUUAUAAAACAUUCCACUCCUCCCUUGCUGCCUUCCUCAAAUGUGUAUGAGGUUCCCGCACCUCUGAUACUACACCUAGCCUAGCCUUCGAUUCUUUGGCACCGUCUGCCACCAGGUCCCUGCGCUCCAGCCACAUCCUGCUUCUGCUCACUCCUGACUAGCACACUUCUGUGACCUGGCUUCAAGUUACGCUGGGCCUCCCAACGUCACUUCCUGGAGAAACAGGAGGAGGAGAGCACAGGAAUGGCAGUCGGUGAAACCAGAGAAGCUGCGGGAUGUGGUCGUGUGUGAGGAUGGCACACCAGGUAUGGCUCGUCCGCUGUCCUUGUCUGACCCAGUGGGCAUUCCUGGAUGAAGGUGUGGCAUGUACCAGCACCCGGUCAAGCACGUUCGUGUGCAGGUCCUGGAUCAGUCCCAAAACCUUUAACUCAAAUUAGGAGACUGGCUGUGAUGUGAGAAAUGCUGUAAUUCCCUGGAACCCAGGAGCCAGCAUCAUGACUAGGCCUGGCUCCCCUCUGCUUCUCUGAUCUCAUCUCCUACCACUCUGCUUCCUAUCCCACAAUUCCUUUUCCACCUUGCUGGCCUUCAUGCUAAUCCUGAAAUAUACCAAGUUUAUUCCUGCCUCAGGGCCUUUGCACUUCCCAGGUCUGCUGCUCAGAAUGUUGUUCCCCAGUUUUGUUUUGUUUUUAUUGAUUUGCCUCUUCACAUUGUUUAUGUAUCAAAUCAAAUACAGAUUUUAAUUUAAAUACCUCCUCCCACUCCCCCACCUCCAUCACUCUUUUCCCUAACCCUUAUUUUAUAUACUGCCAUAGUACUUACCACAACGUGAAUUUUUAAAUUUAUCUUUGAUUAUUAUCUGUGUUCCCCACUAGAAGGGCAAGGACCUUGGCUUGUCACUAUAUCCCCCAAAACCUAUAAUAGUACCUAGCACAGAACAAAUUUGCAGUAUUUGUGAUACAAACAAACGAAUGAUUGAAUGAAUGGUCAAGAUGAAUUUCAGGACACUCAACAGUGUGGACUCUGACUGAGACUGUACCCUGCAUCAGUCUGAGCAGGAUUGGCUGGUGCUGAGCCAAGGUUGUUGGCAGCCUUGUGGGUGAGAAGCUGGGGGAGGCCUAAGUGGACUCUUGCACUCGCCCCUGGCCCUCAGAUGCUCCUUCUACCAGGUUAAACUCCUUCCUGUCCUCAAGGCCCUGCUCUGUUUCCACCUCUCUGAGGGGCUUUUCCCAGUCCUCCACCCCAUCCUGAGCCCACUUCCUGGAUGUUUUUAUUUCCUACCUCUGCUACCUCUCUUCAAAGCACCAGUGUGAUCUCUCCUUGAAUUACUCUUCAUUGUUUACACCUGUCUCUCCCAUGAGAUUGAAAGCACAUCAAGGGCAGAGACUAUCAUAAAGCCUCUUUGUGUUCAGUAACUGUGUGUGGACCAAAUGAACAAGGUUAGGUCUGUCUGGACACAGGAUGGUCACUGAAUGUUCUCGACCCCUGCUAAGGCAAGGCAUCUCCUGGAAGGAAGUGGGGCAGGCACAAGGGGCAUAGCUUCUCCAGCACAUGAUUAAGGGCACAUUUGGAAAGCCAGACAGGCUUUGGAUAAAGACAGAAUUGUUUGCUGACUCUUGUUCAUUCAUGUAUUAUGUGGUCUUUCCCCCUUUUCAUUCACCCACAAAUCUCUUGAGUUCCCACUCAGUGCCAGCUUCUGUAAUGGCCAGUUAGGGGCUCAAGGAAGACAUAGAAUGGGACGAUUCAAGUUCCGAACCGGACCUGUGCCUGCCUUUGGGGCAGGCCAGGAGGGGUGGCCCCACAAUUCCUCCUUCCUUUGCCUUCAGUCUGUUGUAAAUUGCCUUCACUCCAUGAAGCUCCAGCUGGCAGUCAGCUGGCUUAAAGCAAGACACUUCAAAGCCUGCAAAAUUGCUUUAUACCUUUUCUUAAAUGAAGACCCACCUCCAUCAUAUCUGUUCUGGUUUGGCGUCUUGAGGUGUGACAUUGGAGUGAUUCAGCAGGCAUCAGCCAGACUUCCUGGGGCCACCAGAGUGAGCUGGCCAGGUGGGCAGGCUCUGCGGACACGUCCCCCCACUAGCCUGAGGUCUGUGGAUUAGGCCUCAUGGUUAGAGGGCUCUAGACAGGGAGGGGCAGGGCAGGUCUCUCAGAGACAAGAGUGUCUGUAUGGCCAGGCGGGAGUCAAGGACCUCUGUUCACUAGCAAGGGUGGGGCCAUCUGAGCAUCCAGAUGGCUAUUUUAUGUAAUUACUAAUUUUCAUGUACAGUUUUAUUUUCUACUUAUUUGCACAUAUCAUAAGGAUCUUUAAAUGUUAUUAUAUAGUCCUCAUAUUCCCUAUUUUUAAAAAUUUUCACAGCAGCUAUACUAUAGCAUGUUGGACAUAACAGUCUCGUACUCAUUAUCUUUUGUGUACAAACCUGACAUAUUUCUGUUGAAGUAAGCCCGUGCAGUACAUUCCCAGGAAUGGAAUUACCACAUAAAAAGGGAUGAACAUGGGAGCUAUAUGCCCAAUUUCUUCCUAAAAGGCUGUGCUGAUUUACAGGGCCACUGGCAGUGUGUUUUACCGCAGCCUCAACAGCAUGAGAUGUCACCAUCUUGUUAAUGUGUGCUAAUUGAAUAGGUGUAAAAUGGCCACAGGCUUGCUAAUGUGCAUUUCCAUGAUGACAGUGAGGGUGCCACAUUCUAGGUGCUAGUCUAUUCUGUGCAUAGCCCACUUGUGGUGAUGGCCUCUUGCCAUGUCACAGGCCCUGUGUCUCUGCCUGUCGCUGCUGUGUGUGGUCCUUGCUCUCUAAACCUGUCUGUCUCAGUCUUUCUGCUUCAGAAUCCUGUCUCUGGUUUCUAACUGGGCAGGCACGUGGCUGAUUCAUGAAAGUCCUGCACAAGCCCUAAGAAGCUGCCAGCUAGACCCAGACACUCUGGCCACUGGCCUCUGAGGUCUCCCUCCCCGCUGAACUCAGAUGGGACCCUUCCUUCCACCAGCAGUUCAUCAAGAGCCCCUUUCAUCCUUCCAGGUGGCCUUUUCUGGGCUGACCUCCUGAGCAAUGGCCAAGAGUCGCAAGGCAGUCCUUCAGUGACCCCCCUCCAAUGAAGUGUUCCAGGGCCUCCACCCUCAGGACAAUUCUCCAGACAGACCUGCAUGUCCUGACAGCUGGGGAUGUGCGGUCACACAGAGCCACAGAGCAGAGUCCCCAAAAUCCAAAUGUGCAAACAGCAGGAGACCCAGAGCAGUAACAGGAGCUUGGCCUAUCUUCCUGCUCCAAAGAGACCCUUGCCUGAGUGGCAGAAAAGCUCACCUCAGAUGGAAAACCCACUUAGCCCCAGAUGGACAGGGGGCCACCAGCACUCCAUGGUCCGGCAGGGACAGAGCAGGCCUGGCCCACCGCCCCACUUCCACUGGCAUUGAAGGUUCUCGGGCACUUGAAAGAUUUCAGAAGGACUUUAGAAAAGCAGCUGACCUCAAGGGGAGUCUGUGCAGAUGCACUUGGUGAAUCCCCGUAGUUGGCAAAUUGCUGAUCCAGGCCCUAGACCUGUUGUCACUUGUCCCUGAGGAAGGAGGGCCUUGAGGGUCUGCGCCUCCACAGCCACCUCUCAGGCCCUGUGAAUGACCCAGCACAUUAGAAUGGGACAUAGUCAAAAGCCAGACAUCAAGUUCUACCCUCUCAUUUUAUCUAACAUUUUAAACGCUCAGCUCUUUUUAAAAUUAUUAUACAAUUAAUGCAUUCCCAUUCUAAAAUAUUUGGAAAAUGAAGAAACAACAAAAAAGAAAAUGAAAUCCUGUAAGCUCAUCAAAGAAAACUGCUAUUAUAUUUCCAUGUCAACUUUUUUUCUGUAGUCAUAUGUAUUUUUAUUAUCACUGAGAUGCAAUUUUGUGUUUGCUUUAUUCACUUUGAAUUAGAUGAUGAGUAUUUUCAACAUAAAUAUUCUUCAUAAGCACUUUUAAUGACUGCGUAAGACUGUUCUGACCUGGCACACUGUAAAUACUUUGACUCAAAUGCUGGGCAUUUAUGUUUUCAGUUUUUCAAGAAUAUAAAAACGCACUAAAAUAAACAUCUUUUAAA